UCCCCCUUCCGAUGAGUCGGCUCUGAGCUUCAGUCAGCGCGAAGCGCCCCGACCCGCGUCCUCCGCGAGCCCGCCCCGAGACCCGCGUCCGCCGCCGCCGCCCGCUCUGAGGAGCCGCCGUCGCGCGCUUCCCCUCGCCCCUUUCCCCUCAGCACCAUGGCCUCGGGAUCCGAUUCUAAAGCAGAUGACUUAUCGACUGCUAUUCUGAAGCAGAAGAACAGGCCCAAUCGGUUAAUUGUUGAUGAAGCCAUCAAUGAAGACAACAGUGUUGUAUCACUGUCCCAGGCAAAAAUGGAUGAAUUGCAGCUGUUCAGAGGAGACACUGUUCUCCUAAAAGGAAAGAAGAGGAGAGAAGCAGUCUGCAUUGUUCUGUCAGAUGAUACCUGCUCCGAUGAGAAGAUUCGCAUGAAUAGGGUUGUUCGCAACAACCUGAGAGUGCGCCUGGGUGAUGUGAUCAGCAUCCAGCCCUGCCCAGAUGUGAAGUAUGGCAAACGUAUCCACGUGCUGCCGAUCGAUGACACAGUAGAAGGAAUCACGGGGAAUCUCUUUGAGGUCUAUCUCAAACCAUACUUCCUGGAAGCAUACAGACCAAUCAGGAAAGGUGACAUUUUCUUGGUGCGUGGAGGGAUGCGUGCGGUGGAGUUCAAAGUGGUGGAGACAGAUCCAAGCCCCUACUGCAUAGUGGCUCCGGACACUGUGAUCCACUGUGAGGGAGAGCCCAUCAAACGAGAGGAUGAAGAAGAGUCAUUGAAUGAGGUGGGCUAUGAUGACAUUGGUGGCUGCCGGAAGCAGCUGGCUCAGAUCAAGGAGAUGGUGGAACUUCCCCUGCGACAUCCUGCUCUCUUCAAGGCCAUAGGGGUGAAGCCUCCACGGGGAAUCCUGCUAUAUGGUCCACCUGGCACUGGCAAAACACUGAUUGCCCGAGCAGUGGCCAAUGAAACUGGGGCUUUCUUCUUCCUGAUUAAUGGUCCUGAGAUCAUGAGCAAGCUGGCCGGUGAGUCUGAGAGCAACCUGAGGAAAGCCUUUGAAGAAGCUGAAAAGAAUGCACCUGCCAUCAUUUUCAUUGAUGAACUGGAUGCCAUUGCUCCGAAAAGAGAGAAGACGCAUGGAGAGGUGGAGCGUCGCAUAGUGUCCCAGCUGCUGACUCUUAUGGACGGGCUGAAACAGCGAGCACACGUGAUUGUUAUGGCAGCUACCAACAGACCUAACAGCAUUGACCCAGCACUCAGGCGAUUUGGUCGUUUUGACAGAGAGGUAGAUAUUGGUAUCCCAGAUGCAACUGGUCGCCUGGAGAUCCUGCAGAUCCACACGAAAAAUAUGAAACUGGCUGAUGAUGUGGAUCUGGAACAGGUGGCAAAUGAGACCCAUGGACAUGUUGGUGCUGAUUUGGCUGCUCUUUGCUCAGAAGCUGCUCUUCAGGCCAUCAGAAAAAAGAUGGAUCUCAUAGACCUGGAAGAUGAAACCAUUGAUGCUGAAGUUAUGAACUCGCUGGCUGUGACCAUGGAUGACUUCAGGUGGGCUCUGAGCCAGAGCAACCCUUCUGCUCUUCGGGAGACUGUGGUGGAGGUGCCACAGGUUACCUGGGAAGAUAUUGGUGGUCUAGAAGAUGUAAAGAGAGAACUCCAGGAGCUUGUACAGUAUCCUGUGGAGCACCCAGACAAGUUCCUCAAAUUUGGCAUGACUCCAUCAAAGGGCGUUCUGUUCUAUGGGCCACCUGGUUGUGGUAAAACACUUCUGGCCAAAGCCAUUGCCAAUGAAUGCCAGGCAAACUUCAUUUCCAUCAAGGGGCCGGAAUUGCUCACCAUGUGGUUUGGAGAGUCAGAAGCCAAUGUGCGCGAGAUCUUUGACAAGGCCCGCCAAGCAGCCCCUUGUGUGCUCUUCUUUGAUGAGCUGGACUCCAUUGCAAAGGCUCGAGGUGGGAAUAUUGGAGAUGGUGGUGGUGCUGCAGAUCGUGUCAUCAACCAGAUCCUGACAGAGAUGGAUGGCAUGUCCACCAAGAAGAACGUCUUCAUCAUCGGUGCUACCAACAGGCCAGACAUCAUUGACCCGGCUAUCUUGCGCCCUGGCCGCCUGGAUCAACUCAUCUACAUCCCCCUGCCUGACGAGAAGUCCCGGGUUGCUAUUCUUAAGGCCAACCUGAGGAAAUCACCAGUUGCUAAGGAUGUUGACCUGGAUUUCCUAGCUAAGAUGACCAAUGGCUUUUCGGGGGCUGACCUGACAGAAAUUUGCCAGCGUGCCUGCAAACUGGCCAUCCGAGAGUCCAUUGAGAGUGAGAUCAGGCGAGAACGUGAGAGGCAGACCAACCCUUCUGCCAUGGAGGUGGAGGAGGAUGACCCGGUUCCUGAGAUACGCAGGGAUCACUUUGAGGAGGCCAUGCGCUUUGCUCGCCGCUCUGUCAGUGAUAAUGAUAUCAGGAAAUACGAGAUGUUUGCACAGACUCUACAGCAGAGCCGCGGCUUUGGCAGCUUCAGGUUCCCAUCAGGUAACCAGGGAGGCGCUGGGCCGAGCCAAGGCACAGGAGGUGGCAGCGGGGGCAAUGUGUACAGUGAAGACAACGAUGAUGAUCUCUAUGGUUAACUCGCUGUCCUCAGUGGACCAAACUCCAAAUCAGGCCACGUUGUACAGGGAAAAUCCAACGUUAAUGGACUCUCGGCUUCUUCAUUCCUCAGUGAGAACAGUGUAGGUGCACGUCAGACUUUGUACAGGGGAUGUUUUCUGCAAACACAAAUCCAGACCGAUGUUCAGUUGGGAGGCAGACAGUGAAUUAACAAGGAGGGGAUCCUACUUAAUUUCUGAGAAAUUUCUGUUCUAGUUUAUGUGGCAGAAUCAGCAGCUUUAGCAAAGGGUACAACGCUAGCCUGUAUUAAAAAAAAAAAAAGAAAAAAAACUACAAAAAUAAUAAUUAAAAAAAAGAAUAAAAUCCCACAAAACUCUAGCCUCUAGGCUCUGGCAAUUCCUUUAUGUAGUACUGCCACAGCACUGGCAAUACUGCCUUGUAAAUCCCAUGUCUCACUUGCAAUCUUGAACGCUUCUCAGCUGCCUCUCUUGUGUAGCACAGCCAAUAUUUGUGCGUUUUCCUGGAGUGUGUGUAGUUGCUCUUUGAUGCUAAUGGAAGAAAGUGGUUGGGCAGUCUCUCUCCUGUGCCCCAACUUGGAAGUAAGCACUGAGUUAAAUGGCAGGUAUCUGGUGUUGCUUCUCCAGUGCUGGCUGUGAGCUGUUGGGUCUCUUGCUGCUUUGGCUUUUGUGCAGCAAAGGACUCCCUGAGGAAUCCUCUUCUCAUCAGCCCUGCUUGAAGAUGGUCACAGAAGGGUUCCUGGGCUGUUCCUGAGCUUAUGAUGCAGGAUAACCCAAAUGUGGUUAGGGAAUGGGAGCUUCCUCUGAUGCUGUAGCAGCAGUUUUCGUAAGACUCUGCAAGGAGACUUCCACCUUUGUGGAAACAAUCCCUGUGUCCCUUUGGGCUUCUGAUGAAAGGUUUGGUUCUUUGCUGUGAGCCUGCUUUUUGUUGUGAUUCCAUGCAGUCUCAGUAGUCAGAUUUUGAUCCACUUCUUGUGCUUUUUUUUUUUUUCCCUUUCACAUCCUGAUCCUUGCUUUAUUUUCUAUUAACUGAAAAAUGUGCUUCUGCUGCGCUUAUUUCACAUAAGAGAAGCCCUCCCUGGGCUUGGCAGCUGGUUCCUGCUCUGUCUGCGUGCUCCCUUGCUCAUCUAUGGCUGGAGCCCACGGCUGUGCCUUGUCUUUGCAGAUCUGAAAUCAGCACAGGGCAGGGAGAUGCAUGCUCUUAGGUUGAACUGUCGCAGCAAUUUCCUGUGGCUAAUUUGAUUCUCCUUACCUAACUUGAAUGUGCGGCUUUGGCCACCAAAUGGUAGGUAGGUAUCUUUCACCAGCCAUCUGCAUUGUCCAGCUUUGGGCUGCAUUUAGCAGUGUGUGGGAUGUUACAAAUGGGAUUACCUGUUGCACUCACCCAAAAGAGCAGUGCACCAGGCUGUAUGUGAUCCAGCUCUCAACUGAAGAGUGCUUGGCGUUUUGGCUGUCAGAUUCACAGAAGAGCUGUGUGCUCAGCUACUCAGGGCUAGCAGGAAUGGGAUUUUUGUAGAGAUAAGUAGAGACUGUGCUGGAAUGAACAGUGAAGGUGCCCACAGGGUUGCUGGGGAGACUCCAGGGCAUUUUGGCUCCAAAAGCUGCCACAUUUAGAAGAACUCCGUCAGAUCACCUGGACUUAAAGGGAAGGAAAUGAGGAGUGAGGGGAAUCCCAGUGUGGCAGAAUGAUGGGGCUAUCCAGGAGAAAAGGGGGGCUGGGGAAAAACGCACCAAAACUGAGAACACUGCUUAAAUAGCACAACGACCUGCUGCUGGCUGCAGGAGGAGGCCGGGGGAGCCCCUGGGAGGCUGGGCAGCGCCUGCUCAGGUGGUCUGACCUAGUUCAGAGACCCAUUCCAGCACAGUGCCUGGCUGUCCUUGCACCACCCGCGUUCAAUGCCGUCAGGACAGCACUGCCAGCUCGUGGGGAUGUGCUGCUGCUUGGGGAAGUGUGCUAUCUGC